GUAUCUCACAAACAUUCUUGUGAUUCAGAAAAUCCAAUAUGGCGGUCGAAGGUGCCUCGCCGAACUUUGGCGAAAUGCAACUGGACUUGGAGGAGCAGGAAUUGCAGGCACCUGGUGGAGUUGGUUCCCCUCAAUUGUAUAACCAGCUGCUGGCCCUGUAUCUCCUCCAUAAUGAGAUGUGCCAGGCAAAGUUUCUUUGGAAGAGAAUUCCAACAGCAGUGAAAAGUACGACCCCUGAGUUGACUACGAUCUGGGCAGCAGGCCAGAAGAUGUGGCAAAGAGACUACACAGGAAGUUACGAGGCCUUGAAGAAAGAAUAUUCUACAGAGGUCAAGCCCAUAAUGGAGGCAGCCCUUGAGGCGUAUCGUAGACGAGCGUUCCACCUAGUGUCCCAGGCCUACUCCUCAAUCAAUGCUGAUGAGCUGGCUACUUUUCUGGGAAUGCCCACGUCUGAGGCUGUGCAAGCUGCUCAGGCAGAGGGAUGGGAUGCUGAUGUCCACACUCGGUUCAUCACACCAAAGAAGCCAGUAGGCGUCAAACCUGAUCCGGAGUUCAAGAGUGACCAACAGCUGUCUAUACUGACCGACUACGUGUCGUUCCUGGAGAGUUGAGACUGGAAGGGGUUGAGGAGACACCUGCUUGCUUCAUAGAGGUGUGACCUUCCAUGGCGUCUUGUACACAGCAGUGCUUCACCACGUAUCUGGAAUGCAUCAAACAUCACUGUGGACAUAUGUACAGGACUUAGAAAAACUCAGUCACAUUAAUAUGAAGCUUGUAUUAUAUUUAAUGUAAAUUUUGCAUUUACGAGAAGAAAAGUUCACUCCGUGAUGAAAAUUGCACUUAGACUAAAUGUCUAAAUAUAUAUGUAGCUUUACUUUGCUAGAUACGUUUACUAUUGAAUUGAAUUUGUAGAUUCCAUGUAUUGUUAAAUUGCAAAAAUAAAACUGCCACUUAAAUCGAUUUGUGAAGAGCCAGAUACAUGGACUUCUUUGUACAGUACACUGAUAUUGAUAAAAAGUCAUGGAAAUUGACUGCAGGGUUUUAUAUCACAAAAUCUGUUUCACAGAUAUUGUGAUUUCCAAAAUGAAUUCAGUGAAAGAGUACUAGUAUUUAUGUAGUGCAGACUUUUCAAGAUUUUCUAUGAUGUCGAACGUGGAAUCAUUUCUCCAAUGAACGCAGUAUUUAGAUAUACGGUAUAUGGAUGGACCGGCGUGCAAGAUUUGUGUAACUUAAACUAUGUGAAUGUAAACAAAAUAAAUAUAAAAACAUUUUUUUUAUGUA